AUGGCAGACAUCUUUUCUGGUCCCAAUGCCCCGCUCACGAAAGCUUUCCUGUUCUGUGGAUGGCGCUGCCUGACGUUGGAUAUUCAACUGGACUCCUCGCAUGAUCUGGCACACCCCCUUCGGCAGCAGAGCCUCAGGGAGCAGCUCAAGGAGGCCGAUUUUGUGUCCGCGGCGUUCGACUGUUCCACCAAAAGCAGAGCGAGGGAGGUGCCGAGGGUGUUCGAUGAUGGGCGCCGGGGCCCAGGUCCCCUCCGCUCUACUCGACAACCCGAGGGACUGGACGGCCUGUCGCCGGCGGAUCAGCACCGCGUCAAGCGUGACAACAAUGCCUGUGGCUUCAUGCUGCAAGUCAUGCAAGAGGUGGCGGAGAGAGGAGCUGGGGCAAUGCGAGAGAAUCCGGUGAACAGCUUGCAUUGGCUACUUCAGCAAGAGGUGGCAGCUUUCCGCACAGGGCUCUGGGCGGAUACUCAUUAUGAUGCCUGUUGUUGGGGAGGAGCCCGAUGCAAGAGGCAGCGCCUUCGUCACAACAUCCCAGAGAUAUCCUCAUGGCCCCCCCUCCAAUGCCACCAUGUGCAUGCCAGUGACGAGUGGCAACCAUAUCUGCUGAAUGGACGAUACGUGUACCCCACCAAGGAGGAGGCGGAGUACACAGCGCCAUUUGUCUUUGCAGUUGCCGUUUCCGUGUCAUGGUGGGCCGUCCGGGUGGGCCGAGCGAAGCUGGCU